AUGUAUCACAGAGGGAUGGGGGAGAGAGAGGGAGGGAGAGGGGAGAGAGGGGAGGAGGGAGGGAUGAAGAGAGGGGGAAGGAGGGGGGAGAGGAGGGAAGGGGGAGAGAGGGAAGGAGGGGGGGAGAGGGAGGUAAACAAGUGCAGUGUGCUCAUAACAACAGAACUGUCCUGGACUGGCCUUGUGCCUCCACAGCCCGUGAAGCACCAGCACCUAAAGCAACAGCACCUGAAGCAACAGCACCUGAACCAACAGCACCUGAAGCACCAGCUCCUGAAGCAACAGCACCUGAAGCAACAGCACCUGAAGCACCAGCUCCUGAAGCAACAGCACCUGAAGCAACAGCACCUGAAGCACCAGCACCUGAAGCACCAGCACCUGAAGCACCAGCACCUGAAGCAACAGCACCUGAAGCAACAGCACAUGAAGCAACAGCACCUGAAGCACCAGCACCUAAAGCAACAGCACCUGAAGCAACAGCACCUGAAGCACCAGCACAUGAAGCAACAGCACCUGAAGCAACAGCACCUGAAGCACCAGCACAUGAAGCAACAGCACCUGAAGCACCAGCACAUGAAGCAACAGCACCUGAAGCAACAGCCCCUGAAGCACCAGCCCCUGAAGCACCAGCCCCUAAAGCAACAGCACCUGAAGCAACAGCACCUGAAGCAACAGCACCUGAAGCAACAGCACAUGAAGCACCAGCACAUGAAGCAACAGCACCUGAAGCACCAGCCCCUGAAGCACCAGCCCCUGAAGCACCAGCCCCUGAAGCAACAGCACCUGAAGCACCAGCACAUGAAGCAACAGCACCUGAAGCACCAGCACCUGAAGCAACAGCACCUGAAGCACCAGCACCUGAAGCAACAGCACCUGAAGCACCAGCACAUGAAGCAACAGCACCUGAAGCAACGGCCCCUGAAGCAACGGCCCCUGAAGCAACAGCCCCUGAAGCAACAGCCCCUGAAGCACCAGCACCUAAAGCAACAGCACCUGAAGCAACAGCACCUGAAGCACCAGCACAUGAAGCAACAGCACCUGAAGCAACAGCCCCUGAAGCACCAGCCCCUGAAGCACCAGCCCCUGAAGCACCAGCACCUAAAGCAACAGCACCUGAAGCAACAGCACCUGAAGCACCAGCACAUGAAGCAACAGCACCUGAAGCACCAGCCCCUGAAGCACCAGCCCCUGAAGCACCAGCCCCUGAAGCAACAGCACCUGAAGCACCAGCCCCUGAAGCAACAGCCCCUGAAGCACCAGCACCUAAAGCAACAGCACCUGAAGCAACAGCACCUGAAGCAACAGCACCUGAAGCACCAGCACAUGAAGCAACAGCACCUGAAGCAACAGCACCUGAAGCAACAGCACCUGAAGCAACAGCACAUGAAGCACCAGCACAUGAAGCAACAGCACCUGAAGCACCAGCCCCUGAAGCACCAGCCCCUGAAGCACCAGCCCCUGAAGCAACAGCACCUGAAGCACCAGCACAUGAAGCAACAGCACCUGAAGCACCAGCACCUGAAGCAACAGCACCUGAAGCAACAGCACCUGAAGCACCAGCACCGGAAGCAACAGCACCUGAAGCACCAGCACAUGAAGCAACAGCACCUGAAGCAACAGCCCCUGAAGCAACGGCCCCUGAAGCAACAGCCCCUGAAGCAACAGCCCCUGAAGCACCAGCACCUAAAGCAACAGCACCUGAAGCAACAGCACCUGAAGCAACAGCACCUGAAGCACCAGCACAUGAAGCAACAGCACCUGAAGCAACAGCCCCUGAAGCACCAGCCCCUGAAGCACCAGCCCCUGAAGCACCAGCACCUAAAGCAACAGCACCUGAAGCAACAGCACCUGAAGCACCAGCACAUGAAGCAACAGCACCUGAAGCACCAGCCCCUGAAGCACCAGCCCCUGAAGCACCAGCCCCUGAAGCAACAGCACCUGAAGCACCAGCCCCUGAAGCAACAGCCCCUGAAGCACCAGCACCUAAAGCAACAGCACCUGAAGCAACAGCACCUGAAGCAACAGCACCUGAAGCACCAGCACAUGAAGCAACAGCACCUGAAGCACCAGCACCUAAAGCAACAGCACCUGAAGCAACAGCACCUGAAGCAACAGCCCCUGAAGCAACAGCACCUGAAGCAACAGCACCUGAAGCAACAGCACCUGAUCAAUCAGGAUCCAAACUGUAGCAGACUGAAAGAGACAUCUCCUUCAGGCCCCGGGGGUCCCUGUCCCACCACCACAGCUUUCACACCAGACUCACCCAGAUAUAUGUCUCCGAACGACCCACUGCCGAUCUUUCUGCCCAGUCUGUAUCUGUUCCCAACCCUCAGCUCCAUGGUCGGCGAUCUGUGUACGGCUAGCAAGCGCUGGCUAGCUUAA